AUGAAGGUCUCGAACUUUACGAGAACAAAGCAAAGACUCAACAUCUAUCCGGGUUCAUUCAGUCGGUUUUUUACGAGGGAGGCCAAGCUAACCGUUACCAAUUUUAGUACAGAAGAGAUUCCGACCAUUGACUCAGCUGAGCUCACGGGAGUUACUCUUCUGCAAGAACUUCUUAAGCUCCAAGACAUGAAGUCGCCAGGUCCGGAUGGCAUACAUAUAAAGCUGUUGAAAGAGAUAGCCGUGGAGUUGACAGAACCCCUGUGA